AUGCUUUGGAGGGAGAAGAUCGACGUUGGCUACAAAAACGAGAUCUGUGAGGUGUUGGAGCUAGCUUCACAAAAUUAUCUCGAGGCUAAGUUCAGUGACGGAGUGAGAGAAGGCCCAAUCCACAACGCAAUCUUCAACGUCAUUCUAACAUGUGGGGAGUUCAAGGGACAAGGCAAAGGGCCCACCAAAAAUGCUGCCAAACUACAAGCAGCACAGCAGAUUCUCCCAGAUCUGCGACUUCUUCCUCGUGACGAGAAUCCCAACAAAAAGAGGAAGAAGAAACGUGGGCCACUUUCAAAGCCAGAGAGGCCAGUGGAGACUCUGAAUGAACUGAAACUCCAGGUGGCAGGAGAGACUGUGGUGGCGCGCGGAAAAAACAAGAAAGAUGCCAAAAGGAACGCAGCGGCCAAAAUGCUCAAUAUCUUUGGAUACAGCUGCAGCGUUUCUGAGCCGGAGCUGGAAGCAGUAGAAGAAGUUGCUCAAGAAAUCCCCAUUCAGGAAGAAGUAGAGAUCCAGCCACCUGUGGAAGAGAUGGGGCCAGUUCUGCCCAUCGUGGCUGCGACGGAGGAGAUAGAAGUGAAAAAUGAGGUGUUCCAGUUGUGUGCAACAUCCCAACAGCCAGACAACCAAGCACUGUCUGUAACUGUUGAGGACGGGGCUGACGUUAGCGAAAACAUCAAACCUGAGGAGGAUGUUUCCUCUCAUCAGGAGGUUGUGGAUGUUUGCAGCUCGUCAGAAACCACAACAGAGGAAUCCCGGAUUUGCAACAUAGUAAAAAACCAUCGGGAACUGGGUCAGAUGAAUGUGUUUGAGGAUGAACAAUUGUUGCAAGGACCUGAAACAGAAGUUGAGGCACCUGAGAUGUCUUCAUAUAACGUUGACAUAGCUGCUCCGAUUGACCAGGAAUUCUCACCUGAAAUUCUUCUGGAACCUGCGCUAACAGAGGAAGGCAAUGACCUAAUCAUCAACCAGGAGGCUACAUUGGAUGAGAACAAUCCUCAAGCAAACAUUAAUUAUUUACCUGAUGACAUCCUCUCCAUGUUGGCCCACAUGGGAGUGAUCACAGAGAACAAUGGUACUUUGGCUUGGGCUGAAGCAACUACAAAUGAAGAGAGACCGACUUCACCCGUAGAAGACCAGACCAGAGACGAGUCAGUGUCAGUGGUAGCAAACAAACACAAGGACCAGGGGGAGCUCAGUCCAAUAGAUCCUCCUUGUCCAGAAGAAACCAGUGGCUGCACAGUUGAGGAAAUCACUGAGGCAACCAACGAAUCUUCUGAAACUUCUUUUGAGGAGAAAUCUGAGAACUUGAUCUUAGACGAACCAGAGGAAGAGAGAGAGGUCAGUGUAUUAGACCCACCUCGCCCAGAAGAAAUCAGUAUCCCCAAAGACAAAGAAAGCUUGGAGUCCUUUGAGGAAAUGUUUGAGAAUCUCAUCCCAGACAGACCCGUGGACUUGGAUAAACCGUGUCAAGAAGAAGACAAAAUAUCCAUCAUCCAAGAAAGCAAGAAGUCUGCAAAGAAAACCACAACUCUCACCAUAAUCACAACCAUGAGAUCAAACCCAAACCCUGAAACAUGUAUUAAGUCUUUUGAGGAAACAUGUGAUAACUUGACCUCAGACGGACCUGGGGCCUGGAUCCAGUAG